GCUGACACUUCCUGUUUGUUUCUCAGACACCUAUGGGUUAAGACCAGACCAGCAGCUGUGUUUGAGUUUAACAACACCAGCAGCUUUAACAUGGGGAGGAUUGCUAAAGAGGUUUCCGGCCAGAUCCUGUGCUUCAUUGGUUUUGUUGGCAUAUGUGUCUGCUGUGGCAUUCCCAUGUGGCGCGUCACUACGUACAUCGGUGCCAAUAUUGUCACGGGUCAGAUAGUCUGGGACGGCUUGUGGAUGAACUGUGUGAUGCAAAGCACAGGACAGAUGCAGUGUAAAAUCCAAGACUCAAUCAUGCGACUGACCCAGGACUUGCAAGCAGCACGUGCGCUGAUCGUCAUCGCAAUAGUGAUCAGCUUCAUUGGAAUGCUCUUGACGUUUGUGGGAGGCCAGUGCAGCAGCUGUCUGAAGAAAGAGUCCUCCAUGGCCAAAGUGCUGAUUCUGGGUGGGAUCCUGUGCAUUGUAGCUGGAGUCAUCGGUCUUAUUCCGGUCUGCUGGUCCUCAGCCUACACCAUCUCAGAUUUUCAGAGCGUUCUCACAAUCGAGACCCAAAAGAGGGAGCUUGGGGCAUCCAUAUACAUUGGCUGGGCCGCCUCAGGAUCUCUUCUGUUUGGAGGAAUCAUUUUGUGUACUUCCUGCCCACCAAGUGAAGAUGUAUAUCCAAAUUACCCAGGCAUGUACCCCUACCAAGGACCUAUGUAUGGGCCUCCUGGAUCUUACAUGCCUGCCAAAACAUAUGCACCGAGUGCUGUAUAUACUGGAGCUUAUGUACCUAACAAACCAUAUCCACCCCCAACUUACUCACCUGUUCCAGGACAAUAUAUUUAGCUAGUGGACAAUAAUUUGAACUGACACUUCUGAUUUUUUUUUUAUGUAAUCUCUACAUAUUUCAGUGUUUGGUUGAAUUAAUGUAUGCAUGACUUGCUUGGAGUGUCUUCUUCUUUGCUAACCUUUGAAUGAAGAUGGUUUGGAAAAUCUUGUUUGUCCUCUUUCUCCUCUCCUUCAAGUUGUUCUACUGGUUGAGAUGAUGUAAUGCUAAUGAACUCUGUAUAUGUUUCAACAGAGUAGGUGAAAUUUGCAAGUACUGUUGUGUUAUUAACUUUUGCAAAUUAUGCCAUUUGUGAAGUGUUUUAUUUUUUAUUUUUAUUUUUUACUUAAAUUUUUUGACAAUAUGUAUAGCUUUGGAUCUUUACAUUGUAUUGUGAAUAAAUAUAUUUCUUGAUUAUUA